AUGACUGACCCUGCCCGCCCCAACACAACCGCACCCCCCACCGCACCCCCCAACAUAACCGCAACACAACAACCUGACCUAACCGCUACCGGCGUGCACCAGCCCCACAAAGAAGCGACAGCUCACAUCUCGGCACUACGCGAUCCUAGUGGAAAGAGCACGAAACACCAGAUGCUCCGCCACACUCACCUUGCACUCCAACUCUAUCUUGCCACGGCAGCAGCUAGCACAGCUACCAAGAUCCGCUCCGUGCUCGAUCCAGGGCGCUGGGUAGGGUCGUUUAGGGCCAGCAGGUAG